AUGGACCUGAUCCCCAAUUUUUCCAUAGAGACCUGGAUCCUCCUGGCUAUCUUCCUGAUGCUCCUAUAUCUAUAUGAAACCUAUUCUCAUGGGCUAUUUAAGAAGCUGGGAAUACCUGGGCCAACACCUCUGCCUUUAUUUGGAACUCUUCUGUACUACCGCAAGGGUUUUUGGCAGUAUGAUGUUCAAUGUCAUGAAAAGUAUGGGAAAAUGUGGGGAUUGUAUCAUGUUCAAAAGCCUGUGUUGGUUAUUACGGAUCCAGAGAUGAUUAAAACAGUGCUGGUGAAAGAACAUUAUUCUGUUUUUACAAAUCGGUCAAUAAUCCCCAUCAUUAACCAAUAUGGAGACGCAUUUGUGAAGUACCUGAGCCAGGAAGUGAAGAAAGGUGAGCCUGUCACUGUGAAAGAGUAA